AUAUUUUCCUUCAAUUGCUACCAAAAACUUAAGAGUUGACUUUUUCUGUGUGGUCAAUCGAAUUCGAAGAAGAAGAAGAUGAUGAAUGAAAAGAUGAAAGCUUUGAUGAUUGGAGUUGUUGGUGCAGGAAUCACACUGUCUGCAUAUUCACAGACAUAUAUGAGCCCGACUCAGUGUAUCGGCACCGGUCUCGUGGUUCUUAUCGUCGGACUUUUUGUCGGUGAAGGUUUCCUUCCUAUUUGAUUCUCUUUUUAUCGGAAAAUCCGGUUUAGAUCCUGCGUAGAUAUGGAGGAUCUGAACCCGUAUCCCUAUGUGGGAUACGGAUCCGUUCUAAUUAUCUUUUUGCAUUUCUUUUUAAGUUGUAAUAUUGAUGGUAUUGAAUUUUGUUUUGCUUGAAAUGGGUGAUUGUAAUUAUGUGUUUGUUAUGAUCAACAGAACAAUUUUCAAUUUUGAAUCUUGAUUAGAGAUUUUGGUGCAAC